AAUCGUUGUACUAAACACGGUGUCGUGGUUUUCUCUCCAAACAUGGCGAACCAACGCCAGAUCGCUACUCUGGAUACCCGAACCGAAUUGGCAGAACUUGUGCGACGAAGGACGGAAAUCGCGGAGACUUUGGCCAAUCUAGAAAGACAGAUUUAUGCAUUUGAAGGCAGCUACUUAGAAGACACUCAGCUGUAUGGAAACAUAAUUAAAGGCUGGGAUCGUUAUCUGACCAACAACAAAAAUACCAACAGCAAAGCAGAUAAACGAAAUCGAAAAUUCAAGGAAGCUGAUCGAUUAUUUUCCAAAUCUUCAGUAACUUCUGCUGUGGCUGUGAGCGGAAUUGCAGACAACUCUGAAAAACGGGAAGCUGCAAGUCCAACGUCAGAAGCAACGAACGCCAGCAGUCAACCAGAAACAAACAACAACGAUUCUUCCACACCUAAUGGACAGCUAACGAUGACCAACAACAACAGCACGACCAAUCACUCUUCGGCACAGAACCAUUCCGGGAAGGUCACCAAAAGCACGAUAAGACACAAAAAAGGGAAAGCGAAAUCAAGGCACAAAAUGGAAGCUAAACUACGCAAAGCCAAAGAGGUGAGUUUAUGGCAGUUUCUUUUUGCAGAGUCUUUGUGUUGUUGGAAUAUUUCCUGAAUUCUGAAUAUGUAUGUAUAUAGUUUAAUGUGAUUUAUUUUUGCAUUUCCAGGGUGCUGAAUGAUUAGAGAUUGAUCAGUAUUGAACUUUAUGGGAAGAAGAAGAUGGAGAAGAAAUGUGGGCAAGAAAAGGGGAUUACCUGUUUUAAAAAAGACAUUUUAGAUACUGUUAAAUAUUGGAGCAAGUCUGAGGAAUGUUAUUAUGUAUGUGUGUGUGUGUGUAUCCAUACAUAUACAUAUGUUUAUGUAUAUAGUCACACAUACACACUUAAUCAAUAACGACUUGCUCUGCGUCAUCAUCCUGAAGUACAUGUACUCAAUAGAUGUUUGGUACUUGCUUGUGAGACUUUCAACUAGUACCCAGUGCAAGCCAAACUAAACUCGAUCUGAUCCAACCAAAUGCGGCACCGAACAACUUCCUCACCAACAUCUCAAAAUAACAAAGAUAAGCAAAAUCACAAGGGAAACAUACAUGCAUAUACACACACACACACACAUAUAUAUAUGUAUACAUGUUUAUAUUAUAUAUAUAUAUGUACAUGUGUGUGUGUGUGUAUGUUUAUGUUUGUAUAUGUGUGUGUAGAAGACUGUUGUUUGUAGAGUUGUUGCUGUUCCCUGCUGAUAAUCCUCCUUCAUUCAAAUCACAAAAAAUACGGUAAAAAUAUAUCAAAAAUAAGAAAAAAAAAUCCACUCUAACAA